AUGUACAAAAUAAUUACAAAAGUGAUAGCUGAACGGUUAAAGCCAUGGCUCAAUAACCUAAUAUCUGAGGAGCAAGGGGGCUUUGUUACAGGACAACAAAUUUUGGAUGGGGUUAUCAUAGCGGCUGAAGCUAUGCACUCUAUGGCUGCCUCCAAGGAAAAAGCUAUGUUCAUAAAGUUGGACAUGGCCAAAGCUUAUGAUAGAGUCAGAUGGAGUUUUUUGCAGAAAAUCUUACAGGCCUUUGACUUAUUUGGUGCGGCCAGAGGCCUUAGGCAAGGGGAUCCUCUCUCCCCUUACCUUUUCAUCCUGAUGGCAGAAGGAUUGGGAAGACUUAUCAAGUCUCAAGUUAGUCAGGGAGGGAUUCAAGGUUGGAAGUGGGGGCAUGACAUUCCUCCUUCUUCUCACCUCCAAUUUGUGGAUGAUACAUCUUUGAUGGGUGCUGCAAGAAUUCAGGAGGCAGCUAGUUUCCGAAGAGAUUUGGAUAUUUAUGUGAAAGCCUCAGGAUAG